CAGCCCUGGCCGGCCGGUCUCUUCUGGAGGCGUGCAAAAGCUCAGGGAUCGCUUUUCAGGAGAGAUCCCUGCGGGCCUUCCCUUAGAAAUGAAUGAAGCGGCCCCACUGUCUCCCCCCGUUAUCUAAAGACACGGCCGCGGGUGUCGUUUCUGUGAGACAAUUGAGGGCUUGGGUGUAGCUGGGAGUUUGGGCUGUGUUCCCGUGCUUUUGAGGCCAGUGGAAAGUUUCCACAGUGCCGAAAGCUGUGCUCGUACAUCCCUCCUCAGUCCUGCCCGAGGAUUUGGGAUUGCUUCUUCCCGUCGCCAGGGUUAAUCUGGAUGCGUCGCUGCCACUGGCAACCUGACCUCUGAAUUUUUUGGGGCUUGUUGGAAAAUGAGAGCCUGAGGCUCAGCAGCGUCCUGUGGAAGCAGCUCUGUCCUGAUGGCCGUGGAUGUGGGAAAAUCACCUUCUGAAGAGUCACUGAGCAGGAAGGCCGAGGGCGGUGGGACGUGGGACAGCGCAGACACGGAGCCGGACUUCCCAGAGCUGGCAGGGAGCCUGCACCGCCUUCUGGGGACAGAGGAAGCUGAGCCCAGCCUGCAAGGGACCGAGGGCGUGGCAGUGAGCAGACACAGUUACACGGCCACUGGUGUCACCCAGGGAGGCUCCAGCUGCCACACGGAAGUGUCUUCAGCAUCUGCACCCAGAUUUCCCAGAGCAAGAGCAGGGAAAGUGGAUAGAGCUGCUGAUGGCGGCCCUGUGCCUUGUCGAGUUGGCCACUGGUUCCUCUCUUCAAAAGAACAGCAGGUGAAGGCAUUGGACUGUUGGGACCCGGUGUCCAGCCCUCCCAGCCAGCGCAGCUCUGCCGGGGAGAACAUCCUUGCUGGCAGCCGCCACGACGCCCGUGCUGGCCGUCGGAGACAAAGUCUGGGAGCUCAGUCCCCGUGUCCUUCCACCCCAGAGCUCCUGCGACCCCAAACCCCGCCCAGCCCCGGGAGCGCCCCGCGGAGCCGCUCCGUGCUGAGCCUCUCCGCUCUGUCCUCAGAAGGAAACGGCCCCUCCGAGGAGCCGUCCGGGAGCUUGCCUGCCAGCACGGAUGUCCCUUCUCCUGCGGCCACCGCGGCUGCCCAGGACCUGUGCUGCCGAGGGGGAGCGGAAGGCAGGGCCCUGCAGAGGCGGGAGCCCCCGGGCCCUCUGCUUGAUUACCGCAGCACCGUGGGGCGCAUCCGGGAGAUCUCCUCCUACCAAGCCGAUUACUGGGCCUGUGCCAUUCCGGAUUCACUGCCCCCAUCUCCGGACCGCAGCUCACCCCAUUGGAACCCCAACAAGGAGUACGAGGACUUGCUGAACUAUGCUUACCCGCUGAAGCCGAGGUACAGGCUGGGAAGGAUGCCAGAGCCUUUCCUCAAUGAUUCGGGAAUAGGACUGGACAGCUUUUCUACUUCUCCUGAGGGCGUGUCCAGGUCCACCAGCCUCUAUGGCCGAGCUGGGCAGGCUUGGGGAAGCAGAGAAAAUGGACUUUGGGAGUUUGUGGCCUCUGCAGAGAGAUUCUCCACCCCAAGGCCUGGAAAAAGAGGCUGCUCUGGAGCUGGCACUUAUUGUGAACCUUUACCUAUUGCCAAAGCAUCAUUUGCAAGGAGUGCUUCCUCUCAUCCUUCCAGAGGUUUUGCUGUGGAUGUGAAGGUGGAAUCAUCUGGGCCAAGCUCACCUGGGCGCCCUGCAGCCAAUGGGAGAAGCUGGGAUACCAGAGGAAGCCCCUGCCUGAACUACACAGGGCAGGUGAAAAGCACCAGUAGGUUUUUACCCACCACAGGGGUGCUCCCCCUGAGGAUGGAGUGGGAGGGUGAUGAAGAGUUUCUUUCCCUGCCUCCAAGACUGCAAGAGCUGGAAAGGUUGGCUCAGUUUUUGUCCAAUCUUUCCUUUACUAUAAGGCCUGAGCAUGACCACCAUAACCUUCCACAUCACAGCAGCAGCAAGCAGCCCCUUUCAUCCAGGAUGGCUCCUUUUGGAGAAGUGAGAGGCAGGGACAACAGAGGGAAUAGUGAGGAUUAUGCUGGGCUGUGGCAACAGCGCAGCUCUCGAAAGCCCAGCAGAGACAACACGGAAUCAUACGGCUGGAUCCAUAGGGAUCCUCCCCAGGGGAUUCGUCUACCAACUGGUCUCAGGGACACAUUGGAUGGGAUGUGCCUAAAUGAACCACGGGUCAAGGGGCAUCCAAAGAAGAGCCAGCAGAGCGAGUCCCUUAUCCAGUGUGUUAAGAUGUUUUGCUGCCAGCUGGAAGAGCUGAUCCGUUGGCUGUACACCGUGGUGGAUGUCACCAGCGGCUGGGUGCCACCCUCGCCGGAUGCAGAGAGCGUGUCGGCAUCGCUGCACCGCUACCUGGAGUUCAGGAAGGAUGUGGCCGACCACCGGAGCUUGACUGAGAGUGUGCUGGAGAGAGGGGAAGCUCUCCUGGACUGCAUGGCAUCGAAUUCACCAGCUCUGAAAGACACGCUGGGUCUGAUUGCCAAGCAGUCCGAAGAGCUCGAAAGCCAUGCAGAGCACCUGUACAAGUCCAUCCUGGCUGCUGUGGGCCCCGUGCGGGGCGAGGAUGUGGGGCAGGACAAGGGGGGUGCAGCGCACGGCUGCUCCCUGGGUGCUGCCUCUGUCAGACCUAGGCUGCAUUAGCCCAUCUCAGAAGGGCUGAGAAGAAUGCAGCAAGCACCAAACCACCUCCAUCACCUCUCCAGAGAUGCCAAAAUCUGUGUCCAGUUGCCCAUGGGGCUGAUUUCAGCGUGGGUUUGUGCCAUGGUUUGAGAAAGGUGUCCCAUACAGCAGGUGUGCUGGGAUGUCCAGAGUUGUGUAAGGAAUGCACAGCUGGCCUUUUCUGGUUUGUUUUUUUAACAUAGCUUCCCUUUUUUUAUUGAAGUGGGCUGUUCUGUGUUAGCAAAAUGUCAGGAACAGUUUUUUAACUGAACAAUCCAUAGUGUGCCAUGAGCUCGCUAAGUAAAGCUGUGUGAUUUUAAUAGCCCUGUUCUCAUGGUUUGUUUAUGCUCGUCAAAAAUAGGUGUGAGAAGCCAAGAAAUGGCAACUCCUUCUGGUUCUUGGGAGCAAACUGAAGGCCUGUUUAUAAUUACCACUCCCUGGUGAAGCAGAGCCCAUUUAACUUACA